CAAAACCCAAACAGCACCGACCCUCCCCUUCUCUCACUUAACUUUUCUCCCAGCAGCCGUCGCCGCGUCUCCGCCGCCGGAGGAAGUCCCCGGUACUUCGCGCAUCAACGGUCGUCGUCGUUUCUGACUUUCUUCCCAGACGAGCAUGUAUUAAUUUCAUCAAUUUUGGAUUUUUUGGAACAGAAAGGUGUGUAUUGCGCGUGUUCCACACACACACGUUAAUACCGUGGUUAACUGGAAGCUAUUAUCGUCAUUGGAGUGUGACAGCGGUGUUUGGUCAAACCGUACAGUUGACCGUGUUUGGGUUCAAUCGCCGAGCCCUCGGAAGGAGAGGGAGUUUUAAAACGGGGUUCUGUGAAAGUAUGAAACGCCGUCGUGUGGAGAUGAUUUCACUGGUUUAACCUGGAUAUAUUUGCGGGGAGUAAAGAGGGAAAGACGGUGCAAAUGGGGCGGUUGGGGGUGGGGUUAGUCAUGGGAUGUGCGGUGGCGGCGUGUGUAGUGGCGACUGUGGUGGUGGGCAGACGGGUAAGGAGGCGGAAGAAGUGGCAGAAGGUGGCAUCGGUUCUGGAUGAGCUGGAGGAGGCCUGCGCCACGCCUGUUGGGCUACUGCAGAAAGUAGUAGAUGCUAUGGCGGUCGAGAUGCAUGCCGGCCUUGCAUCUGAAGGCGGGAGCAAGCUUAAGAUGUUGCUCACAUAUGUGGACAAUCUUCCCAAAGGUAGUGAGAAGGGAACAUAUUAUGCUCUGGACCUUCGAGAUACAAACUUUCGGGUUCUUCGGGUUCAGCUUAGUGGUCAAAGGUCUACUGCUCUCAGACCUGAUGUACUGCAACAUACCAUUCCUCAACGUUUACUGAGCGGCACCAGUGAGGAACUAUUCGAUUCAAUUGCAUCAUCAUUGAAGGAUUUCAUUGGAAGGGAAAAUGACAACUGUGAACACUUGCAAGAUGGGAGAAGCCUUGGCUUCACAUUUCCUUUUCCAGUCAAGCAAACUUCUCUCUCAUCUGGCAACUUGAUCAAGUGGACCCAAGGAUUUGAAAUAAAAGACAUGGUUGGAAGAAAUGUUUGUGAGUGCCUGCAAGUUGCAAUUGCUAGAACAGGUCUAGAUGUUCGAGUAGCAGCAUUGGUUAAUGAUACUGUGGCAACACUAGCGCUCGGACAUUACAAUGAUGAAGACACAGUUGCAGCUGUUAUAUUUGGGAAAGGUACUAAUGCUUGCUAUGUGGAGCGAGCUGAAGCAAUCAUAAAAUGCCAAGGGCUUCUAACAACUUCAGGAAGCAUGGUAGUUGAUAUGGAAUGGGGAAACUUCUGGUCAUCUCAUUUACCACGAACAUCAUAUGACAGCGACUUGGAUGCUGAUAGCCCAAACCCUAAUGAUCAGGGGUUUGAGAAAAUGAUAUCAGGAAUGUAUCUGGGGGAGAUAGUAAGAAGAGUUCUUCUUAGAAUGUCUCAGGAGAGUGAUGUUUUAGGGCCCGUGUCUUCAAAAUUAGCAACCCCAUUUUUGUUGAGGACACCCCUUAUCGCAGCUAUGCAUGAGGAUGAUUCACUUGAAUUGAGUGAAGUAGCAAAAAUUCUAGGAGACAUCCUGGAGUUACCAGGUGUCCCUGUUAAACUUCGAAAGCUAGUGGUGGCAGUGUGUGAUGUGGUAACUCGCCGAGCUGCUAGGUUGGCUGCUGCUGGUAUUGUGGGGAUAUUGAAGAAGAUUGGGCGAGAUGGGACCGGUGGCAUAGCUAGUGGGAAAUUAAGAAGUGGAAGGUCAAAUAGGAUGAAAAGAACGGUUGUGGCCAUCGAAGGUGAUUUGUAUACUAGCUACUCCUCAUUCAGAGAAUACUUGAAUGAAGCAGUGGUAGAGAUCUUAGGGGAAGAAGUGUCCUCACAUGUUACCAUUUCAGCUACUGUAGAUGGAUCAGGAUUAGGGGCAGCACUUCUCGUGGCAUCUCAUUCAGCACAUCCAGUGUGAAUAUGGUACAGGUGCUAUGAUACCUAAUUUAUACAAUAUUAUAUAUAGCUCUGUAAAUUGUAGAAGUGAUUUGUCCGUAAAAAAUUAUAUACUUCGUAUAUGUAAAAGGGUAAAAUAUUAUUUUGUAAAUACAACUAUAUAAGUGGUAUAAUAUAAGGUCUGAUUUAUAGUGUUAGGGCAUCUCCAUUCUAUUUCAAUGUGAUCCCAUUCAAUUGGAAUUUCAAUUUAUUGAUAUUUUUAUGAACUCAGUUUCUCUUCUAAUUAUAUGGAACCCGAAAGAGCUGUGUAAAAUGUAAACAGAGGUGGCAGUUGAAUGAUGUCCAUUCGUUGUAUUUGUUUAAUUUAUUUAUAUGCAAUUAUUUUCUCGCCGUAUCCUUCAAUGAUUAUUGAUCUUUUGUUUAUUACUACGUAUGAGGUACGAAAUGCCUCUGGCGUAGGUGUCUGUAAUUUCUUUCCACAGCUUGCUGGUAGAAAGUAGACUAUGCUGCGCAAGAAGACAACCCAACACCCUUUCUUUGGGCUCUCGUAGAAAAGAAAUUGUUGAUUUAUUAUUAUUUAAUUUAUUUGGCAUCAGUAGUGGGGCACGGUUCCGGAGCCGGACCAGAUUGUUACUCGGCACAUAAAGAACUUGACCGGUGGCUUGGAUUUCUGGCUAUGCAAAAAACGAGACCAGAACUGGAUCGGGGCUGGAACCAAGACUGACUUUCUUGGUUAAUGACUGGUUCCUCCCUAGUCUCUCUCCUGUACACAGGACUGGUCCGGAAUUGGAACCGUCUCGGGUCUGUGCCAGAGCCUUAGGUAUCAAUGAAACAAGGUGGGGGUUAGUGUAAUUUUACAUAGCAACAGUAAACUAUAUGACUCAAGCGCCCCUCAGCGGCAAGAGUUUGAAACUUGAAAGCAUUUUUUUGUAUUAGAUUUUGGAUAUCUCAUUUCUUAAAUCUUAGAUAGGCAUGAACCAUGUUUGUACGUUGACACCUAUACUUUUUGUAGAACGGCAAAAACAUUUAGUUGUGGGCUUGUG